UCCAAAGGAGUCCCGAGCCUCUCAGGGUCUAGGAUGCCAGAGAAAGGAUGGAGAGCCAUUCCCACAAAUCCUGGGGUUUUGUAUAAAGGCAACGGCUAAGACGUAGGAAAUAGCAAAACUCUGCCAACACUGUUGAGUCUGGAUACCAUCUUAAGAAUGCCCCAUUUCAAUACUUGGAAGAGCACCCAAAUGAGCCAAAGCUUGAUGUCCCAUGACAGCAUCAGGGUUUCUCAUGAGAGGAAAAAGGAGAACAAAAAGCAUGAAGACCUUUCAGAAGACCACCACUCCCCCCAUGGUCAGAUGCUACAGGACAUGGAGGCUGUCUCGAGUACUGGGAGCAAAACUAAGGAGGCGGAAGAAGAUGGAGCUGCAGAGGAAGGACCUUUACUUAGUAAAAUAGAACCACGAAAAGAUGUGAAAGAUUGGAGGUUGCCAACCCCUCUGGGGGCUAUGAAUCCACCUCUCAUCUCCUCAGGUCUGACUGACAGCAAGGCUGCAGGACGGAGCUGUGAAUUAUCCCCUCCAACAACAAAGAGCUUCCGGAUCUACAAUGUGAGUCCUCUUUCUUCUCCUAACCUGUUGCAGACGGAGAAGAUGUAUCCCCACAGAAGGGCACGUAUGACCCGUCUGCCCCAGCAGGGCCCUUUCCGGCACCUUAUGGACAUGAAGGCAGAGAAAAGAUUGGCAGGCUGGAAGGAACGCCGCAGCCGCUUUGGUGACGUCAGCACGCACAAGUGUUAUCAGUUUGGACAGGUCUUCUCCCCUUUCCAGGCUCUGGCCACCACGGGGAAGAUUAGAGGCAGUGGCUCCAGCUUUGAUGUUCAGAAACGAGAGGAUAUCCAGGGACCAUGUAGACUGGGAAGAAGGAGAUGCGAAGGCUGGUGCUACCCCGAGACUUGCCCGUAAGAUCUCGAAUGCAGAGAAUAAGCACCUCAUCCCUCAGUGACAUGAAUCUCCAGGAUUUACCCCUGUCUCCCACAGAGCUGAGCUUGGGAAAGGAUGAUAGCCACCACGAGAAAGAGAAACCAGUGAGCCACAUGAAAACGCCUUUAUUCCCCCCGAUAGUUAAAGCAACAAAAUAUAACGACAUGAAAUAAAAUUGUAAAACUG